AUGGGAACAAGGCGACUGCAUCAGACGACUGAAAUCAUCGACCACCUUCCUCCUGCCCCAGUAGCUGUUCACCGCUCCUCUCUCCAACUCGAGAUUCUACGCAUCGACAGCAUGUGCUGGUUUCGAGACGUUCCCUCGCACCUCCCCUUCCUGAUUCAAUCGUCAACUUUCGCCGGGUAUCCCGACAGCUGCAAGGUUGUCGAGACAAUCAAGUUUGCCGGCGAGAUCGUGUCAAGGGCGGACUUGGCCCUCAAGGUAAGGAAGUCAGUCGACAAGGCUGUCAGACUAUGUCGUGGGGUCUACCCGGUGAUGGUCACAAACCCGGCCACGGAGCCACUCACCAACUCCAGGCCGAUGGACGACGCUGAACCGUUCAACGGUUCCAUACCGUUCACUGGCUUGGACGCCCUACUCGUAGGUGAUUUGUAUCUGGUGAGGUUGGACCAGGUGGGCCCAAACCGUUGGCAGUCGGCUGUCGAGUAA